UAACUUCGCGUACAUCUUCCACCCUGAUGGAUAGGAGGCUGUUUGAGGCAGCUGAAACAGGGAAUGUCCAACAGUUGCACCAAAUUCUUACAGAAAACCCCCUCAUCCUCCAUUCUGUUGCGAUGGCUUCUGCCGAGAAUCCCUUACAUAUUGCUUGCAUGGCCGGCCACGUUGAGUUUGUCAGGGAGAUCCUACGGUCGAAACCAGACUUUGCAAAAGAAGUGAAUCAAGAUGGUCUUAGCCCCAUGCACGUGGCAUCGGCCAACGGACACUUGGAGAUCGUCAGAGAGCUGCUGAAAGUUGAUGGAAAUCUCUGCCGCUUAGAGGGGAUCAGAGAGAAGAAGACUCCUCUUCAUUACGCAGCUGUUAAAGGAAGGGUUGAGGUAAUAGCUGACAUGCUUUUGGCUUGUCCAGAGUGUGUUGGAGACGUGACUGUGAAUGGGGAGACUGCUUUGCACCUUGCUGUGAAGCACAGCCAGUUUGAAGCAGUCAAAGUUCUGGUAGAAUGGGUCAGGGAGAUGAAGAUCAAGGAUAUCGUGAAUUGCAAGGAUGAGCAAGGGAAUACAGUUCUUCACGUAGCAGCCUGGAAGAAGCAACGCCCGGUGAUAGAGUUGUUGAUUCACAAUGAAGCCGUAAUUGCACUGGAAAUAAAUGCCGUCAACCAGAGCGGUCUAACUGCGCUUGACCUGCUAAAGAUUUUCCCAAGCGAAGCUGGCGAUAGAGAAAUCGAGGAGAUCCUUAGAGGUAGUACUGUAGGAGCCAUUAGCGCAAGAAGAGGCGAUAGUCACAAUAUACACACUACUCCUGCAGCUGCUGCUUCCUUCGCAGCAUCAAGAACCUCUCUUGUGCAACCCAAGAAUUUGGAGGAGUAUUUCAAGUUCAAAAAGGGUCGAGAUUCUCCCAGCAAUGCUCGAAAUUCCCUGCUUGUUAUAUCCGUUCUAGUGGCGACCGCAACGUACCAAGUCGGGUUGAGUCCCCCCGGCGGCGUUUGGCAGGAUGGCGAGUUCAGAGGGCAGUCGAUUAUGGGUUAUAAUAGCGAAGUUACGUUUUUAUUCUUCAUGUUUUUCAACUCUGUUGGGUUUUCUGUGUCUCUUUUCAUGAUCAACAUCCUCACCGCCAAUUUUCCUAUGCAUUCCGAGCUUCAGAUCAGUAUGCUCGCCAUGUUCGCCACCUACAGUAUUGCGGUGGUUACAAUUGCACCCAAUCGCCUAAAGCUCUACGUAACUAUCUUUACUUCAGUUUUGCCUUCAUUGGUACGGCCUGUUGCCAGGGGGGUAAGACAGCUUAUAUGGAAGCAUAGAAAUUCGCGUAUAUCAAGUUCUGGAUGCUAGCACUUAGCUAUAGGGUAUAUAAGUUCGGCCUGACUCGGCUUGGCUCGGCUCGGCUCGGCUCCUUCUGUACACUUGCUCGAAUAUAUAUUCGUAUUUAUUAAUAUAUGUAUAAAAAUAAGUUUUAUAAA